CAAAAUAAGCUUUUGAAAAAAUAUUUUAAAACAUUUCAAUUUCCUGAUUGAACAACUUAGAACCACACCUCAAAAAACGAGAAUCAGCAUAAGUGUGGUUGGUGCUAUACGUUGGUGUUUGAAAAGGCAUUCAGCGAAUAAUUUUGCUACUGGAUAUCGACACUGUUUGGGUACAUUUAAGAACGGAGAUUAAACCCUACGGACUUUAAUCUGACUGGAUACCGAAGAAGGAUCAAGACACCGGGAGGCUUGAGCGAAUCAGGACCUGACCUUUGGGGCGGAGGGUUUGGGGAUUGACCAACUUUGGCUAUCUGAUGCAAGGGAUCUGGAUGCAUCAGGACUAUCCCAAGAUUGAGGGUCACAGAGGCUACCUGUCUUCACCAGCCUGCAGGGCGGCGACAGAGAGCAGGGCGCUGAACCGGCAGAACCGGCGGAGCCCAGGAAUGAGCGAGUUCUGGCACAAGAUGGGCUGCUGCGUGGUGGCCAAACCCCCACCGAAGAAGAAGAGGAGGAAGAUUGACUGCAGCAUGAUCGGAGAGCCGACGAACUUUAUGCACCUCACACACAUUGGCUCUGGGGAGAUGGCGGAAGGUUUGCCGCCGUCAGGGUCAGUCCAGGAACAGAUGAGGUCCAAAGGACCCAGCACCAAUGGCAGAAGCAGCCUCUUAUAGCCAACAUAUGGACCAAUCCAAGGAAUCGACGUGAGCUCCUCAUUUCCCCUUUCCUCGGACCCAGCCUCAAGCCAACUUUCAUGGACCAACUCUGCAUAUUGCACUUAGGCCCACAAUGACCACCGCAAAUGGCACAAUAAAUAAAAAAAUAAAGAAGACUUAAUUUCCCAGAAUCCCUUUCAUCCCCCAUCAUCCAGUUUCGAAUGGAACAUGACUCUUGCCUUGAAGCGGGAAAGUACCCUGGAUUCUCACUCAGCACUGGGGACUGGACGGGACUGUGUGUGGGCUUUUCGUAGGUAUUUGUUACACUUCAGGCUGCUGGCGGAUACAGAUUUUCCCAUUUGCCUCUGUCUCAAGCAAGGGAUUGUCCGAACAUUUCAUAUUUCACCAACAAGAGCGUCUCACAAGUGUGAUACUGCUCUUUCAAUAACGCAAGCAAAAGUUUUCUUUGUUCUUGACACGAAGUGGCGUGCUUUUGUGCCCUUUUAAAAGUGUUGUCUGUAAUGAUUAUAAUGCCUUAUAAGUAGUGAAUGGUGGAAACUGAGCCCAUCUGUUUCCUAUAGUGCCAUGACAAGCAGGCAGUUUUCAUAUGUAUUGCUAAAGUGCAGUGGUCAAAUUGUUAUUUAGGUUUUGGAAGCAAAGUUGCUCAACUGACAAGCAGGAUGUGGCAUCACCCCUGGCUCCACCCGCUACUUGUCUGGAGUAGUUUAAGAUCCAAUCUUAGCAGCACUGUAGACAUACAGGGUGGGAGUGGUCACUUGUAGGCCUACUUUGCUAAUGUUUUGGCACUUUGCCUGUUUCACGUGGAGGAUUCUUAAAGUUUUCCAGUCUUUCUCACACAUUCCACCAUUAGUCACUCAGUCUUCCUUACAAAUGCACACCAAGGUUCUCAUAGACAACCCURUCAUAUAUACUUCUACCUUAAGUGUUAUUUCCAAAGUUAUGCCUUUAUAUAUUAGGCGCUUUUUUUUUACCAUGCGUGCUUUAACACCAGCACAUCUGAACACUGGAUAGRGCUGGCAGGUAGCCAGCGGUGGUUAGAGCGUUGGGGCAGUAACCGAAAGAUCGCUGGUUCAAAUACCCGAGCAGACGAGGUGAAAAAUGUAUCGAUGUCCCUUGCUCAUAGGCACUGUACUAUGGCUGACCCUGUAAAACAACACAUUUCACUGCACCUAUCCGGUGUACGUGACAAAAAAAUAUAAAAACCAUUACCUUCUGUAGUGUCCCAUAGACUCACUUUUUGGCGUUUUAAACAAGUUUGUAUGGGGUAGUAGUCUUCUUGCGCAAUCCACUUGUAAGCGUUUGAWAGCUGAAUGUAAGAUGCAGUAACUAAUCUUGAUCGUUUGCCUUCAUCUAAAAACUCAUCUAGCUGGACUGUUAGUUCAGCAGGUUUAUGACACCAACAUCUCAAAUGUAUCAAACUAUGGCAACUUGGCCUUGGUUCUCCUGUUGCACAGUGUUCGUCUUAGAAUUGGCCCCUGCCAGUCUAAGCUGAGACAUGCUCGUUCACUUUUUAGCUAUUCUGAAAGGUGACCUUAUGGGCUUUCUGUUUCAAUGGCAAUCUACAGUUCAGGUUAGAGGAAACGGCAAAGCCUAUAAUACUACGGUGAGAAAGUGAUGUCUGAUUUUGCUUUCUGUUUUUUUUUCAAUUUAUCAAGUUAUUUUGCCUCAUUACCGGUAAAUGGACCUGCUGUUGUCAUUGUAUUCAAUAUUACAUUUAGAAGCAUGCCUACCACAGUUCAGGCAAACARUUGCCGUAUGAGAGAGUAAUUUUUAUUAUUUGUUUUACAACUAUCCUCAUUUUUUUGUCAGCUGUGGCGCUGGGUUUUUAGUUUUUUAGUUUUUUAAAGUUUUGUUUUAAGAUUUCUUAUCUCUGACUGAAGAGAUUCCAGGAUGCAAUGUACGUGCUUUCUUUUUCAMUUGCACUGUUUUCCUGGGUCUCCCUCUUUUGUUUUAAUUGCACAUGUGUUCCACAGUCAUCCUAUGUGGACAGAUGUGUGAUAGUAGAGGAAGUAUUUCAACUGCCGCAAAUCUYUGUGUUUUCUCCGCUUCUGGGCUUUUUCCCUCCUGAAAAUACAGUCUAUUUUAUGUA